AUAUCUUAAAGACAUUUUAUUAUGUUCAAUGUAUGAAAAAAUAUAUUUGUAACUUUUUAAAAUGCCUUAUGUAUAUAUAUAGCAUAAUAUUGGUUAAGAAAAAUACAAUUCACAUAACGAAAUAGAGUACAAAAGAAAAAGAGAAGAAAGAAAAAUGGAUACUGAGAGUGGAGUCCCAAUUUUAGAUUUUCGUAAGAGCACUGGAAUUACAUUAGAAGAAGGAGGUCAAGGAUGGAAAGAAAUGAGUAAGAAAGUGAGAGAAGCAUUUGAGAGUCAUGGUAUGUUUCUCUUAAGAUGUGAUGAAAUACCGAAAGAAUUACAAAAUGAAAUGUUCGCAGGCAUUAAAUCUUUGUUUGAUCUACCUGAGGAGACAAAGACGAAGUUCACUGGAAAAAGAGUUUAUAGGGGCUAUUCGUCCAAGAGUGUUGCCCUUCCUAAUAGUCAAACAUUUGGUAUUGAUGAUACUUUUGAUCCAAAUGAGACUCGAAGCUUCACUGAGCUCAUGUGGCCUGAAGGAAAUCCAAAUUUUUGUGAGGCACUACUUUCAUUCAGCUCAGAAGCACGAAAACUAAGCUCACUUAUCCUAAAGAUGGCUGUGGAGGGCUUUGGCCUUCUAGAAAAUUACAUUUCAGAAGUUGAAGAGUUGUGUAGAGGUAAUGAUACACGGAUAACAAAGUAUCCAAUCCCUAAAGAAACAACUGAUCCUGCUAUUACUUUUGUGCCUCACACUGACAAAUCCAGUCUUACCUUCAUAAGCGAGAAUGAAAUCCAAGGUCUACAACUUCUACAGAAAUCAGGCAAUUGGGUUAAUGUAAAUGUUCCUCCAAAUGGUUUUGUCGUAAUGGUUGGUGACAUGUUGCAGGCAUGGAGUAAUGGAAGAUUUGAAGCACCAAUACAUAGAGUGGCGAUAAGAGGAAACAAAGACAGAUAUGUAUUUAUUCUUUUUUCACUUCCAAAGGAAGAAACAUUCAUUAAGGUUCCCUCAGAGUUAGUAGAUGAAAAUCAUCCUCUCCGUUACAAGACAUUCACGUAUGAAGAUUUCAUCAAUUUUAUUAAAACUGUUGGUACUAAAUUGGGAGCACUUGAAGAUUUUGCUGGAAUUUAAUGUCUCAUUAUGAGAUAUAGGCAAUACUCCUUUAUGCUAUAAUAAUGUAGAGUAUUUGGACUCACACUUUUUUUAAUAAAUUAGAUUAAUCAAAUAAAAUGCACUGCCUUUUUACUUUCAUAUAAUGCAAAAAUAAUUUAUAUAUGUUCCUAUAUAAGUUACACUCUUAUCCUAUUUU